UCUUCUCUCCUCCCUUGACAGCCUCCUUCUCAGAAGUGGCAACAGCCCUGGAGGUGCUUUCCUCCUCCUCUCCCUGCACGGGGGUGUCCUGCAGAAAGGCAACCCCUCUUUGUGGGGCUGAGGCUGCCCUUAUCCUGAGAUUCCUCUUGGGACCUCACCUCCUGUAACUGGGAUUGCCCGCCUGUGCAGGCUAAAAGCUGCACCAUGGAGCUCAGUGAGGUAUUGCAUCGCUGCCUAGCUGGAAGUUCGGGCACACAGACCGAGCAGCAGGCUGAGACCCAGAAAACGAGACUGAGGCCAGAGACACCAAACAAGGCUGAGUGAGACCCACGUGACAGCCUCUGAGAGGACACUUGGAUCCCCACUUGGAAUAGAGAACAGAGACCAGAGACCAGAGACCAGAGACCAGGAUGAAGCUGGGCUUGGCUGUGUGUUGUGCGCUGGUGCUGAUGCUGAUGACCACGGUGCUGACCAGCACAGGAGCAGUUCCCGUCAUCACGCCCCUCGCGACCCUCCUGGGUGCAAGGGGCUGCGACAUGGCCCAGUUCAAGUCUCUGUCCCCACAAGAGAUGAAGGCCUUCAGGAGGGCCAAGGCCGCCUUGGAAGAGUCCCUCCUGCUGAGGAACCGGAGCUGCAGCUCCCACCCACUCCCCAGGACCCGGGACCUGAGGCAGCUGCAGGUGUGGGAGCGCCCUGUGGCCUUGGAGGCUGAGCUGGCCCUGACACUGAAGGUCCUGGGGACCGUGGCUAACUCGACCCUGGGGGACAUCCUGGACCAGCCCCUUCGCACGCUGCGCCACAUCCACUCCAAGCUUCGGGCCUGUGUCCCAGCUCAGUCCACAGCAGGCCCCAGGCCCCGGGGCCGCCUCCGCCAAUGGCUGCACCGCCUCCAGGAGGCUGAGAAGAAGGAAUCCCGUGGCUGCCUUGAAGCCUCUGUCACACUCAACCUCUUCCGCCUCCUCGUCCGUGACCUGAGAUGUGUCGCUGAUGGAGACCUGUGUGUGUGACCCUCAGGCCCACCUGCCUCCUGUCCCAGCAUCUUGGGUUUUAUUUAUGCA